AUGGCGACCAACAUAGAGUCGGAAAGACCGCGCACGCGCGCGAAAAAGGCUUGUUUAGCGUGCAACGCGCGUCGCGUGCGUUGCAAUGUGCUCGAUAUGCAGCCCUGUCGCAACUGUGUGUCUUGGAACCUUGCUUGUGAACUGGGAGUAUCACGGCGGGGAAAAUACCCUCGCCGGAAGAAAAAAGCCUCACUAGGAUCGAGUGAGGCCUCGCAAAGCGCAUCGGCUACUCUGCUUCCUCAGCAGGGCUCUACUCAUGAUCAAACAUUGCAUUAUGACCUUUCAAAUCGCACGGAGACGGGGGAAAGUACCAUCCAUAAGACUGUAUUCCUCGGUGAAUCAAGUCCCUUGACAUGUGUUGUUGAUGAGGGACGGCGAUUACCGGACAAAGGAUAUGCAUGUGGGAUACAGAAGGGACGACUGCACUAUUCUAUCUCGGAGCUUGGCGGCUCUACAGAACCUCAUGUUAAUUCUCUUAUCAAACACCGGAACUCCCUCCAAGAUCGUCUCAUUCGCGAGAGUGCUCUGAUAUUUCCAUCACCCGCGAUCUGUGACAUACUCCUCCGUGCAUAUUUUGAAUGGUUCCACCCGUGCUUCCCAAUUCUUGAUCGCUCACAGGUCCAGGGUGACUACCAUGAAAACAAAAUUUCGCCUCUACUCCUCCAAGCAAUCCUCUUCAUUGGAGUGAGCAUGUGCUCGGAUACUGAUUUAGGCGCGACAGGGUACAAGGAUCGCUACCAUGCAAAGGGUACCUUUUAUUGGCGUGCAAAAGAAAUUUUUGAUGUCGGAUGGGAGACCGACACGAUAAUCAAGCUACAGUCACUAUUCCUACUAAGCUUCUGGCGCGGAGGACCUACAGAGGAGCGAGACGUUCGCUUUUGGCUUGGAGCAGCUAUUGACUUGGCCCAGAAAAAGGGCAUGCAUGUGAUGUCCAAGUUGCCUUUCUUGAGUGAGCAUGACCAAAAGAUUUGGAAACGGAUUUGGUGGGCGCUAUAUGUUCGUGACCAGCAAACUUCCGCUGCACUAGGUUUACCAUCUCGUAUUCGUGAUGAGGAUUGUGAAGUUGAAGGGCUUCACGUUGCGGAUUUUGAAGACGAAAGUUCUGUCACAACCUCUCAGACUUUUCAGAAACCGCCCGCGGCCCACAUUACAUACGUGAUCGGGAUGGUCCAACUUGCCAAGCUAUUACGCGAGGUUGUCACUAGCCAGUAUCUACCUGGCCAUUCAAAACUGGAAAACCCAUCGCGCCCGUUACUACACAAACGUUUGUCAGAGUGGGAGUCUCAGCUUCCAGCAGAGAUGCAGCUUCAAGCGUCUACGAGUCAGAAAGUGAUGUUCCUUGUUGGCAUGCUCCAUAUGGCUUAUAACAAUCUCUAUAUUCUGCUAUAUCGACCCAUCUUUUUACAACAACCAAACGAGGCAACGAGUACUGAGGGCAACAUCGCUUUAGACGCAGCCAUAAGGAGCACGCGGAUUCUCGAGGACAUGCUCUCUGAAAAUUUGGUGCAACAUGGGCCGGUACAUCUUAUCACGCACACAUUCUCCGCAUUGUGCAUCCACACUAUUCACUUUGCGCGGGUGGCCAACACAGCCCGUAAACUUGCAGAACAUCGGGCAAAAUUGUGUCUACUUGGACUUAAAGAGCUUCAGAAGUCCUGGGACUUAGAGAACUGGGUUUUGGAUCUGUUCUUUCGCUGCCUCGACGAUAACAUUGCUCGGAAUCUUCGGCUCGCCGACGUCGGGAUGCCAUUCUCCAGACCACCAGGGCGUUUAGCCCAGAGAUCACACUCGUCCGAUUCUCCAGGAUGCAGUGCUCCCUCAAACGACACUGAGAACUCUCUUGCUCUACCUGGAAAUGAAGUCCACUUGCCCAUGGCUCACAUAAACUCGUCGUUGAAUGCAACAGAUGACGCAUCCGCCAGUAUGGACUGGUAUGAGCUCUUCAACGUGGAGGGAGAUGACCUUUUAGGGCUUGCUGGAUCUUUGACAAACCCGGACUACCUGAGUUCUCAAAACUUAGAUUUGUUAUACCGUUUUCUAUAG